AACCUGGCAUUAGGCACAGUGGCUGGACUUGAUUUCAAUUAAACAUGAUCCUAUAUCAUGGCCUUCAGGGCACAGAUCCUCCUCCAUGGUCCCUUGGCAGAUAUUCCAGAGAACCCUAGCAAGAAGAAUGUGUCUCUUCUGUUUCAGAGUUUCAAUUUCUGUGUCCAGGAGUUUCUUUACUGGUAAAAGGAGUCGAGGAGAUUUGUGCCUCCAAAACAGACUGGUGGAGAAUAAUUUGCUUCCCUUUAGGCUCUUCCUUUCCACCUGCCCUCCUGUUAACGUCACUGACCAGGUAGAAGAAGUUUUUAGGGCAUUAGCAGUAAUGGGCACAACGGUGACUUUAGCAUUUGGGUAGCACCAGUUUUGUGUAGGUGGGGUUUUUGUCCACUCUGAUGUGGACACUAGUCACUGAUCUCUCCUCUUCAGCUGUCGGUGACUCAGCACAAAUUGCCCAGUAUGUGGCUGGCCACCUCCAAUACUGCUCCUGAGAACAUCUUUCCUUGCCUCCCCUUUUCCCUUCCCCCACUUCCAGUUCUGAACCCCACCCUCCUUGUGGUUGGCUGGAUGACCUUUAUCUCCCUGCCCAUCUGGGUGGGUCCAGGACCGCCUUCAAGCGCUUCUUUACUCAGUCUCCCUUCUAGGCUCAGAGCCUUGGUUGGAGAUAUAGCAGCAUUAACCUCUGCCUCCUUGUAUCCUUCAUCUGUUUGACGACUGGAAAAAUCCUAUUUUUCCCAGGACGGAAACAAGUCAAAUAUGAGAGUGAUCCGUGUGGGUACUCGAAAGAGCCAGCUGGCAAGGAUACAGACGGACAGUGUGGUGGCAAUGCUGAAAGACAUCUACCCUAGUCUGCAGUUUGAAAUCAUUGCAAUGUCCACUACUGGGGACAAGAUCCUGGAUACUGCACUCUCUAAGAUUGGAGAGAAAAGCCUGUUCACCAAGGAGCUGGAGUAUGCCCUGGAGAAGAAUGAAGUGGACCUGGUUGUACAUUCCCUGAAGGACCUGCCCACUGUACUGCCCCCAGCCUUCACUAUUGGUGCUGUUUGCAAGCGGGAGAGCCCCUUUGAUGCUGUUAUCUUCCACCCUAAAUAUACUGGUCAGACCUUGGGUACCCUGCCAGAGAGAAGUGUGAUAGGGACCAGCUCCCUUCGAAGAGCAGCUCAGUUGCAGCGAAAAUUUCCACAUCUGGAAUUCAGAAGUAUUCGAGGGAAUCUCAAUACUCGGCUUCGGAAGCUGGAUGAACAACAGGAAUUUAGUGCCAUCAUCCUGGCAGCAGCUGGACUGCAACGUAUGGGUUGGCAGAGCCGUGUAGGGCAGCUCCUGUAUCCUGAAGAAUGUUUGUAUGCAGUUGGCCAGGGGGCCCUGGGUGUUGAGGUCCGAGCCAAGGACCAGGAAGUGCUAGAUUUGGUUCAAGUGCUACAUGAUCCUGAGACACUUCUACGAUGCAUUGCUGAGAGGGCCUUCCUGAGGCACCUGGAAGGAGGUUGCAGUGUGCCUGUGGCAGUUGAUACAACCCUCAAGGAUGGGCAGCUAUACCUGACUGGAGGUGUCUGGAGUCUGGAUGGCUCAGAUAGUCUGAAGGAAACCAUGCAGACAACCAUCAAUGACCCAGCCCAGCAUGAAGAUGGCCCAGAGGAUGAUGUGCAGAGGGUGGGCAUCACUGCUCAGCAUAUAUCUCAGGGAGCCCAAAGGGCAGCUGAAAACCUGGGUAUCAGCCUUGCUAACCUGCUGCUGAACAAGGGAGCCAGGAACAUCUUGGAUGUAGCAAGACAGCUCAAUGAUGCCCAUUAACCCAGCUCUGUGGACAUUUCCUGCCUAGCUGUCAAGUUUGUUGUGGGGUGCCCUAAACACUUCCCUCACUGAACAGGAACCAAUCCCUGGGCACAAAAACUGCAUCACCCAGGACUCAGUUGUGGGGAAGGGGCCCUGUUGCUGCUAAGCAUCCUAGUGCCUUGUUCUGGCCCCUUUUAUUCAAGGGACUGGAGGAUUGUCUGUUUUCUGUUGGUAUCAAAGACAUUGAAUGUAACCAAAUCUGUCAAUAAAAACACCUCAAGCAAA